GUUUUGGUGGCAGCAAAGGCAGCACCAGUAGUACCAGGUGGCAUUGAUCAUGUCAUCACUCCACCGACUCUACAUGCUUGAGUGAUGGCGGACAUUCAAAGGUCUAUCAAGGACCUAUGGGUCAUCAUUUCCGGGAACACUAAUCUCAGAUCAAACCAAUUAAUCGGCAUCGAGCUAACAAAAAAUGCUGAUCAAGUUCUCAAUGGACUCCUUUACUUUACCGAGAAAAGGCAAUCGAAGACGACUGUACCCGAAAGCUUUAAUCAAGAACUGCUUUCCAAGCUCAGCACUCUUCUCGGAUUGGACAAAGAGCGCAGUUACGAGCUGUUUUGCGCUUACCUUACCUACGAGUAUCGAGGUACCCCGGAUGACUUGAAGGCAACAGUGGCAAGUGAGCGGAAUAUACCGCACAUACUAAAUGAGGUUUGGAACUACUAUCGCAUGGAACGCCUGUUCAGCCUGUUUUGUUUGAGAUACAUUCUUGAGCACUGGCAGAACCCUUCUCAUGAGUAUGUGAAAUUAUUUGACGGAUUUUUGGAGCGCUUCAAUGAAGAUGAAAUAAUCAUCAAAAAGAUAAUUGAGCAGCUGAACAUGAUAGUCGAUACCCAGCCACCAUCAAGAGAGUCUCAUGGACCUUACAUGACUAACACCCUGAUCGGUCAAUGGGUAAACUACACGCUGCAGGAACAAUGCGAACUUCUAAAGAUUGUCCUUCUCUACUACAAGGACAUACAGCCGCAGCUGGAAAACAUAAUUCAACUGCUCGACGUGUUUCAGAAGCACAACUUUGGCCAGAGGAGUUCUUUCAGAAAGCUUUUGGGUGACAGCCACAGGUCUACGUUGGACCUCAUCAGUUACUUGGAAUGCCUUGUGCUCGUAGAGAGCCUCGAUCUCGAUUGGCUUCAUCGAUGUCACCUGAAGAGCAUGACAGAUCAUCAGCUGCUGAAAGAUUCGGACGCAUUGCAGCAACUAGAUCGCAGCAUGUCCUGUCUUGGAGGGAACCCAGCCCAUGGCCCUUUGCUGCUCUCAUGGUUGCUAGUACGUUCCUGGAUCCUGCCAGGCACUGGGACAGCUGGACUGGGAAAGGAAGCUCUUCGGAUGGAUGCCUUCGGCUAUCUCAACGACGUUCUGAGGCACCCGGCUUUCUUUGGGGACGGGGUCCUUCCAAACAAAGUCCACGCCAUUGUCUACGAGCUCGUCUUUCUGCUGGUUGCUUCAUUCAAUCAUCGCAGCCUCGGUCCCAUUGAGCCGCUGUACCGUCUCGCAGUGAAGCUCCUCGAAUACCCGACUGUUGCCCAAGAUUUCUGGAAGGAGGGGGAAAGUUCCGGACUGGGCCAUCUGCUCGUCGAAGCAGAGGAAAUGUUCCCCUUGAAGGCAGAACCUCUGCUCGAAAUGCUGGCUGCGCUAGCCAGGGCAAGCCAACACAGCUCAAGCAAUGUGAUAAGCAGGUUCAGAGCUGUGCCUUGCUUUUUGGAACCUCUGGACCUCGUGCCUACUGGUGUGAUGCGGAUUGCUGAAGAUGACUCUCGUGUUUUGCUGACAGCAACACGAUAUCCCUAUGGCAGCCGUGCAUUGUUCAUUCCAUAUGGGACGGAAGGAAUUGUGUUCAAAUCUGGAGAUAGCUCAUUCGUCCGAUGGCAGGCGACUGUUAAUGGUUGGCAAGUUAUCAUCUGUGAACUCUUUAAACCCUGUGACUCUGACAAAGGCUGGCUUCAGAGACUGCUACAUAUAGCUCGCCUCAUCCGAACUCUGGAAGCCGAUUCAUCGCUACAAGACUUGCUGGCAAAUAACAUCGAUGAACUUUUUGCUGCCCUGCAUAGGUUAGUUCUUUUGCUACACCCUCCAAUCGAAGUGCUGGGAGAGUGCCUAGAGAUGGUGGCCAUCCUGGCUGGUAAGGAUCCCGAAAAGUCCUGGAAGCGGCUAGUCGCGACAGGCCUGCUCCCUGCACUGAGAACAAAGCCCAAGUCCGUGGAAGAACUCAUUCAGGGCUACAUGGUCACGGACAAUGUCUUGAGUCAAGCCAUGGUCUCCCAAGAAAGGGUUGUGGGUGAUCAUCCCAUCUGUCUUGCCUUUCUGAAGCUGCUUGGAAAUGUGGCUGAGACGUUCAAGGACACUGCGAACGAAGACUUUCUCGCGUGCUUGACCGUGGUGCUACAGGACAUCUUUCCCUCGUUCCACAAGUGGCGCUACAACAGAGCUUACGACAGGGACAUCAUCGGCCAUCGCUGUCUAAACAUUUUCCACAAACUGGUGACCGUCUCAACCAAGUUGAAGCCAAAGACCGUAGGAAGUACUGAGCUCUGCGUGUAUGGGCUGCUUCACGGUGAUUCCUGUCCAGCCUUGCUUCGGCUUAUUGUCUCCGCCGAGGAAUUCGUCUCCCGGGCUGUUGAAUUUGAAGGGAGCCGCCACUCGAAAGACCUGCUGAACUCUGUGCGACUGUGCUUCUCACUCCUGAACCGUCUGCUGCUGGUGGGUGCUGGCGAGGGCUCCCUGCUGGAACAGCGCUUGCUGGUGUCACCCAGCCAGACCGCCGGUGGUGCACCGUCACUGACAGUCUCGGUGGCACGCUUUCUGUACCUCCGCUUUGACCCACGUCUCUGCACCCUGGCUGUGCAGCUGCUGAAGCGCAUUGCUAAGUUGUACCCGAUGUCCCUGCUUGCAUGCCUGGGGCGUGAUGCCGAGAGUUUUCGUGACCAGUUGUUGCUACGACUUAGUAAGGACACUGAAGAUGUGCGUCUCAAGGUUGCCCUCCUGCAGCUAUUGGCUGUGUGCACGCGCACACAGCCAGGACUAUUUGAGCUGCUCCUGGGCUCUACGACAUCAUCACCAUCGUCUGCGGCUUCCUCUGGUUCCUUAGGGGACGCAUCACUGAGCUCCUCAGGUUUGGGUUUGUGCUUAGGAGAAGUUCUACAGAUCUUGAAAACAAAGCAAGAGGGCAAAGACUACUGUCCAGCAGACCUUCACUGUUCAUGCGUGGAGUUCAUACAUAGCCUGUGGGCAUGCCACCAGCUGCGAGCCAUGGAGCUGCUGCGUAAGAGUAAGUCGUUCUGGAGCAUGGUGUGUUUUCCCCUGAUGGGAGAGGCUGUGGUGACAGAACAGUCCAGGCUGGUGGCUUUCAUCUUCAAGACACUCGCCUUAGAACUAUACCAAUCCAAAAAUGAACUUGAUUCUAAUGUGAAAAGUGUCCUCAACAAAGCAAAGGAGGGAGCCCCAAUUAAGGACUGGUCUAAGCUUGUGACCAGCAGCUUGCCCAAACAGUCCGGAGUUGGCAACAUGAGCCUGAAUGCCUCGGCCAUGAGCAUUGCCGAUACCACUGAGAUGUUCGACCCCAUCACUGAUGGCUACGUGCUGCUGUCAGGGUGGCGUGACCUCUGCGUGAUCCUGGCCAAGUGUCGGCAUGUGCAAAUUGCGCCAGCAGAGAAGAAUGCCAUUUUGCAGGACUUGUUCUCUAGCCUUGUUGCUGAGGGCGUCCCGGCGAAUUUCAAAAUUAGCAUUGUGCUUGGUGAACUGUAUCUCAUGCUACUCCAGCAUUGGAGCAGCAACAUCACAUCUACGGUAGCGGAAUGGAUGAGCAGCCUAGACACCGUGCUGGGCAUUCUGCAGCAAGGCACCACAUCACUUCACCCGCGGUUUGCCCUCGUACUAAGUGCCAUUGGCGCCACCAUGGUGAAGAUACUGAAGCAACAAAUGGCAACAAAGAAAGAGGAAUGCAAGUUUAGUGUGCAUUUGUGGGUGGCUUCACUGUGUCCGCUGCUAACCUUCUACAGCAGGAAGUGUGCCGAGGAAGGCCUCAAAUCACCGAGCUCUCUAUCAGCUCAGGUGUGCACGACACUGACCACAUUCCUCAAGGACCUGCUGUCACUUUCUGAUAACAACGCUGGCUGCGUCCCCAUCCUCCAGCAGAACCUGGUUGUGGCCCAGUUGACAAACCUUCUCCAGGUCUCCCUUCAGAAGAUGAAGGACAGUCGCCUAUCUCAAGCCAUCUGCCAUUUCUUUCUCGCACUCACGGCUUUACCGCAGAUGGCUGAGGUGCUGCAGUGCUGUGGAGUAGUGGACCAGGUGAGCCCGUUCCUGUCAGCUUGCUACCAGGGCACCGAUGAGGGCUGGCUGUCGGUGUAUCGACUGACGGUUCAGCUGGUGACGGCAAUGCUGCACGUGCAGCGUCACUUCUUUCUCGACAGCGCUCUGGGUUUCAUGGCUCUGCACGUUGACCGGCUUUACGCUUGCCUAAUGCAAGUCCGCUCCAACCCAACACAAGUAGACGAGGCCUUGGUAACGUCUUGGCUUAUCUGUAAAGUGGCUUCCCUACGGACUAUGUAUCCAUGUGACCAAAUGAAUCCUUUGAUGAUGCUUAUGAGGAGCAUCUGCUGUGUGCUGUCUUCAGCGGUUGCCUACCUGUGCAGACCCACCCUACUUCAGCAUAUGCUUGAGUACAAGAAGCAGUCUGCCGUCAAACCUCAGCCCGGAGAGCAGGCGAGCCAGCCGAAGCGGCAGCUUUCGACCGACGACGUAACCGAUCCGUCACCCAAGCUGACAGAAGCGAGAAAAAAGCUCCUGGAGUUGGUGUUCAUCUGCUUAUGCUGCUGUAAACAAUACAGUCCAAGUGUGCCUGAAGCAUUAUCUGAUCAGGCCUUGGACAUUGACGAGUGGCAGCCGAUAGCAAAUCUGUCAUUUCAGUCGCCCUCUGUGGAGCAGGAUGAGAAGCUGAAUUUCGGAACCCUAAUGUCAGCUGCUCAGCUGUGCCUCAAGUCACUUACCAAGGUUGACCGACAGCCAUUGCCUGCUGGCAGCCUUCGCCAACAAAGGAACAUGGAAUUUGCCAUCCUGGAGAUGAGCCUCUCAAUAACUCUCGGACAGGCCCUGUUGUACCGGCUGCACCCACAGGUGUCCCUCCAUGACAAGCAGCUCUUAUCCAGGACAUACAGUGGAGAGAUGGCUGCUAUCAAGGCCGAAGUGCAGAGACAUCUGCGGCGAGGCGGUCAGGGCUCUCCAAGCACAUGCAGGACGAGAACCCCACCUUUGGAUCUGGUGUCAGAGUGGGCCUUGGUUCAAGCUUUCAUAGAUGUCGUAGAUCAGGUGUUCAAGUGACACCCAGCGUAGGGAUCGUGGAGAAGGAAUAGCACUGCCUCCUUUUGUACAUAUUUUAUUUUUGUAAUAUAUAGGACUGAAUGCGAAA